AUGCCAAGUACAAGCGCCGAGCGACAGCGAUCGCGCACCAUGAGCGAGUCCCAACGCAAGGCGGCAGCUGCCAUCACCGCCACUUGCGCAGGACCGUGCGUGGGCGAGGUGCUCAAGGACAGGAGGACGGGAUAUUUUUAUUUUAUUUCGCCUUUUUGGGUCUGUGUGGCACAGGUCGUGACUGUGAAGACGAAGGUGCACCACAGUCUCAUUCCUUGGAACAAGAAGACCAGCACCCUUUCGCGUGCGCACCCACCUUACAAGAUUCGGAGAGUCAAGAGUCAGGAGCCAAAAGUGUAG